CUCCCGGCGCAGGGCCGGGGGCUGUGCGCUCGCGGCCUGGCCUCAUUGGGCAGGAUCACGCCGCGAGCGGCGACUGGCUGAGCCAGCACCGAACAGAGCCAAUUCCCUUGGUGGAAGAGCCUCGGCAGAUUCUCGGCUCACGCGGGCGAGGAGAAAAGGGUGGCUGCAGGCCGCUGGAGCGCUGAGGAUGAAGGCUGCGGACGCGCUGGGGACAGCCAGGGGGCCGCCUACGGACGGGACCGAAAAGUUGACUGCAGACAGGGCCAAAUUUGUAGCUGAAAUGGAACAAGCAGCUGGUGAGCCAGUGCGAGACCAGGGCACAUGGACACAUUUGACAGAAGACAUUCCAAAAGCCAUGAAAUGCACAGUGAUCGGAGGCUCUGGGUUCCUGGGGCAGCACAUGGUGGAGCAGCUGCUGGCAAGAGGCUACGCUGUCAACGUAUUUGACAUUCGGCAAGGGUUCGACGAUCCCCGCGUGCAGUUCUUCCUGGGCGACCUCUGCAGCCAACAGGAUCUGUACCCAGCUCUGAAAGGUGUAAGCACAGUCUUCCACUGCGCAUCGCCCCCACCAUCCAGUAACAACAAGGAACUCUUUUACAGAGUGAAUUACGUUGGCACCAAGAAUGUCAUUGAAACUUGCAAAGAGGCUGGGGUUCAGAAACUCAUUUUAACCAGCAGUGCCAGUGUCAUCUUUGAGGGUGUCGACAUCAAAAAUGGAACCGAAGACCUCCCUUAUGCCAGGAAACCCAUUGACUACUACACGGAGACGAAGAUCUUACAGGAGAGAGCGGUACUGGGUGCCAACGAUCCUGGCCAGAAUUUCAUAACCACAGCCAUCCGCCCUCAUGGCAUUUUUGGCCCAAGGGACCCCCAGUUGGUCCCCAUUCUCAUCGAGGCGGCCAGGAAAGGCAAGAUGAAGUUCAUGAUCGGGAACGGGGAGAACUUGGUGGACUUCACCUUCGUGGAAAACGUGGUCCACGGACACAUCCUGGCUGCAGAGCACCUCUCCAGAGACACAGCCUUGGGUGGGAAGGCUUUUCACAUCACCAACGAUGAGCCCAUCCCUUUCUGGACUUUCCUGUCCCGCAUCCUGACAGGCCUCAAUUACGAGGCCCCCAAGUACCACAUCCCCUACUGGGUGGCCUACUACCUGGCCCUCCUGCUGUCCCUCCUGGUGACGGUAAUCAGUCCCAUAGCCCAGCUUCAGCCCACUUUCACGCCCAUGCGGGUCGCGCUGGCUGGCACGUUCCAUUACUACAGCUGUGAGAAAGCCAAAAAGGUCAUGGGCUACCGGCCGCUGGUCAGCAUGGAUGACGCCGUGGACAGGACGGUGCGGAGCUUUCGCCACCUGCGGAAGGUGGAGUGAGGCGGCCUGGAGCCCGGGCCCUUCCACGCACUCCCCAGCCGAUAACUCUCUCCUCGCAGUGAGUUUCUUCUGAGCUUAGGUCUCCUCCGGCUGGUUCUGCGAGGGCACACCCACCCUUCUGUGACUCCGAGGGUGGCGAAAGCAGCAGACGUUUCUUCUUCGUAGGACUGGAUUUAGAUUUCUUAAAAUAGGGCAGCUUCCUGGUUUUCUGUUUUGUAUUCUCUCCCUCUCCCCCACCCGCUUCCUCCUGGGUUCCUUAUUCCAGUGACCUUGUAAACAAUCAAAGAAGCCUAGGGAAGAAACAAGCCAUCUGCUGAUCGAGGAGGGGGUCCUAGACUUAUUUCCAUGCAGACUGUUCAAGGAGCCACAGAUGACAGAUACCCUAGAGAAAAGCAGAAGUUCUAAACACAUGGUGAGGCUUCAAGUGUACAUUUUAAAUAGACACAGAGUUUGGAGCAAAAACUUUUAAAAAGCUUGAAUAACUGUAAACCCCCCAAAUCCCUGGGGAGAAGAGCGACCAGUUGCUCAUCUCCUUGCAUGCUCCCAAGUUCUCUCUCAGGUGCAGCUGGUGUGCCUGCCUGCAGUAUUUUUUCAUACAGCAUUCUUUCAUGGGCGCCUUUCUCUUUACCCACAGAGCCCUGUGUCCUUUUAAUGGCAAGGUGGUGGUCUGCCCGAGUGGCAUGCCGUUUGAAGCUGUUUAGCACCUCUCCUAACAUGGGACAUUGGGCAGGUUGACAGUAAGCCGUGGAAAAGGUCAGAGAGAAGAGUACCCCCUUUAUCUGCUUGGAGUUUGGGCAGAAACAGCACGAGAUGAUGCAGAAAGGGCUACUUCCCUGCGGCUCACGCCCAUAGAACCCUUCAGGCCAGUUUCUGACAGUCAUAGCACAUAUAGUGAUUCAGCAUUCUUUACUUUCUGGUGCUCUGCUUACAGAAUCUGGUUUCUUCUCAGACUCAUUGAAAUGUAACGUUAAAGACUUCUGUUUGCUUCUCUGCCUUUGUGCAAGGGUGGGGAGACAGCUGGGGAGACUGGAAUAAAGUGAAGGUAUUGUA